ACGCCGUCCAAUCACGUGCGCCGCGGCUCUGUUUUGAAUCUCAGUCGCGUUACCGAUUCGUGCUGUUGUGCAGCAAGAGCAUCGUGCGUCGCACGCGAGUUUCUGCUCCUUUAUUCCUCGUUUUCCUCACUUUUUUAAAAGUCAUUGUUAGCCAUGGAUUUCGACGCGAUGAAAUACGCGGAGCUACGCGUCCUCGCGAAGGAGCUGGGUCUGAAGGCUAAUAUGAAGGCCGACAAGUUGCAGAAAGCCAUUAAGAAGCAUUUCCAACAACAAAAUGCUAGAGAGGAAGACAAGUUAGAAAAGAUGGUGGCCGAUGUUACUGUUGCUGAAGUGAAGGCGGACGAGUCCAAGGUGGUGCCUUGCAGCUCCUCGGUGUUUGUGAACACACGUCGAGGCAGAGCGAACACCAAAAAGCAGAGAGUCCGUGACUCAGAUGCUAAACCGGAUGAUGAGGAGGACGGUGAAGUGGCCCCGCAGGACCCCGUCUUAAAGAAGAGACGGGAGGGAGAGAAUGAGCCCCUGGUCGAGUCUUCAAGCUCGAGCAGUCGAGUUCAGAAUGAUGCCAAGGAUGAAGCAGAUCGCGUUCUCCGUGUGGCCAAAGCUCCUAAAAUCCCUCGUUACAAGGGGCAGCGGGUGAAGAAGGCAGCCCUGAAACCAACCACCCCCAACUUCCAAAAACUCCACGAGGCCCAUUUCAGCAAGAUGGAAUCCAUCGACGACUACGUGCAGAGGAAGAAGAAGACCAAUAUGGGGCCUGUCCAACAACUCAAGGCGGCGAAGGACGCCGACGUGUCCCUGUUCAGCCCCGCCCUCUACAGGAAGAAGAAUCCGCUGGCGGAGGCCAAACCAGAUUCCAAAAACAAGAUGCUUGAGAAACAGAAAGACGCCGCAUUCAAGCCCGUCGUCCUUUCGACAAGAAGGAUUAACGUCAGGUUCUCAGAGGCGAGCUCGCAGGCGAAGACGCCGCCGCGCAUGUCGCUGGCCUUGGCCGUCAGCACGCCCAAGCAGCAGACGGGAAGAGAGAGGAAAUCCGCUGCUUGGUCUGCCACCAGACCUUCAGCAUCCUUUGUGUUCACCGGCAACACGAGCGUCACUCCAGGGACGCAGAAGAAGUCAGCUUUCGACCUGAAGGCCAGCCUGGCCCGGCCGCUCACCUACAAGCCUCACACGGGGAAGCUGAAGCCGUUCGUGGACGAAAACAGCGCCCGCAAGUCUUUGCUCGCGGACUCUCGAAAAAACUACAAACAGCACCAAGUGCAGACCAGGGACGAGAGACACGCCAAACUUGCGGAAGAGCGCAAAGCAAAGAAGUCCAACUUAAUCUGCGCGCGGCGAGGCCUGGUGAUGAUGUAAACUUUUGGACCCCAUCUUCUUCUUGUAAAUAUGUCGUCUGUCUCGUUUUAAGGAUCUUAUGGUUAUUAUUAUUUUAUCUUGCGCGCCAUCGAUUUGAGCACAUUGACGUUGAUGAUGUUAUUAAAAGCCCGGUAUGUUCUUUCGGGUGCUUUGUUGUUGUUUUCACAAUAAAAAGGCUGCAAUUCA